AUGGUCUCAUUGACAAGACUUUCUUUGAGAAACAAUCAACUCUUUGGUAAGAUUCCAAUAGAAAUAGGAUCAUUGGAUCAACUUGAAAAACUAGAGUUGGCAAGAAACAACUUUAGCAGCUCAAUCCCCAAAGAGCUCGUAAGACUUUCCAAGUUAUUCCCCUUGAACUUGAGUAAAAAUAAAUUUGAAGCAAGCAUUCCUAUUGAGUUUGGUCAGUUACAAGCUCUGGAAUAUCUUGACCUUAGUGAGAAUAUAUUGUGCGGAGCAAUACCGAAAACACUUGGAACAUUAAAGAUGCUAGAAAUUUUGAACAUUUCGCAUAAUAAUCUCUCUGUGAGGAAUAACACAGGUUUAUGUGGUAAUGUCACUGGCUUAGAUCUUUGCAAUAAACAUAACAAUGACCCACAAAGUCAUAUAAACAAAACAUCGAAGCUAUUAGUAUCGUUGUUUGUUUGUUUUGUGACUAUAAUUCUAGUAGUGGGUGGAAUUUCCUAUAUUCUGAUUCAAAAAUCAAAGAGUGCAAAAGGCCACAAUGGAAAAUCUCUAACUCUCAAUCUUUUCUCUGCUUGGUGUUUUGAUGGGGAAAUUUUGCAUGAAAAGGUUGUUGAGGCUACUGAGGAUUUUGAUGACAAAUAUCUUAUUGGGGUUGGAGCACAAGGAAGUGUUUAUAAAGCUGAAAUACUUGAUGGUCAAUUUUUUGCUGUGAAGAAACUUCAUCCAAAUUGUAAUACAGAUUUCUCUAAUCUUAAAGCAUUUUCAAGUGAAAUUCAAGCAUUGACAGAGAUCAAACAUCAUAAUGUAGUGAAGUUAUUUGGGUUCUUUUCAAAUACACAUGUAUCAUUUCUUGUUUAUGAGUUCCUUGAUGGUGGUAGCUUGGAUCAUAUUUUAAAAAAUGAGAUGCAAGCAUCUACACUUGAUUGGGAUAAGAGGGUAAUUGUUAUUAGAGGUGUGGUUGAUGCAUUGUUCCACAUGCACCAUGGUCUCUCAUGUCCUAUGGUUUAUCGCGACAUAUCAAGCAAAAAUAUUAUGUUAGAUUCAAAAUAUCAAGAAGCUCAUAUAACUGAUUUUGGAGUAGUUAAGUUUCUAAAGCUUGACUUGAACAACAUGACCUCAUUCACUGGCACCUAUGGCUAUGCCACUCCAGCAAAUGAGAAAUGCGAUGUUUACAGUUUUGGCGUUCUCACGUUAGAAAUUCUAAUGGGAAGACAUCCAAGAGAGUUGAUUUGUUCUUUGAUAGAGAUUCGAACAUCUUACAAUUCACUAUUUAAGGAUGUGUUGGAUCAACGACUUCCUCCACCCUCAAGCCCAAUUGUAGAGGGACUAAUGCUUCAUGCAAAAAUUGCACUUGCUUGCUUGAAUGAAAAUCCACAAUGGCGUUCAACCAUGGAACAAGUAUCUACGAUUUGGCUCAAUCUCAAUGAGUGGGAUACUAUACUGAAGAAAACACAAUCUGCCAUGGUGGCAUUAGGUGCUGAUUCAAGCCCUCAGGUCUAUGCUUUGCAAACAGAAGCCUUGCUUAAGCUCUUCAGACACAAAGAGGCACAUAUACUGUGGACUGUGGAUUAA